GCUCCGUGCCGUGCGAUAGUUUUUUGUAACGAUUUCCAUGUCUUCUCGUCCUCAAAACCUAGUCAUUUAUGCAGUGACCGUCAUUCUUGAGGUUUGAGGACCAGGCGUUCAAGUGGAGGCUCUGGUCCCUCGAUUUCCAUCAUGUUUCUUUAACGUGCACGAGGUGUGGGACAUGUAGUUCUGAAGAGUGUGGACGGAGGCCAGGGCAACACAAGUUUCAAAAUGGCCAGAGACUGGCCGGAGCCAGAGACUGAGCCCAAAGCUCCGGACAAGGCGGCAGUCGCCUCAGAAAAACCAUGCGAAACUGCCGUCGCUGGAAUGAAGAGCGAGAAAGACGUAGCCGAAGCCAGCGGGGCUUGUAAGCCUGCAGAAGACAAGAAAGACUCUGGAGUUUCAAGCUUAGAUGAUCGUGGGCUCCAAGCUCUUUUAGACGAGGCCAUUGCGUACAAGAACCCCAAGGACCGCGAGCAAAGUAGUGAUCUUUUCAAGGAACUCCUCGCUAAAGUAGAAGCUGAUGAAAGAGAACAUUCUGGUGGCCAAAGGGGCAUAUCUGGAAUUGGAGGAAGCAGUAGCCGGUACCGCAGAGGAUUGUCACGAAAAGGGGAUGUGUCUGAGCGAAAUUCAAGAGGUGGAUCCCUUCAAAAUUUGGUCCAUGCUCUGAACUCUGAUUUAGAUCACAGUGGUUCAUCUAAUAGGAAACGUGGAGGAAGAAGAAAUCCUCAACCUCAAGUCAGUGUCAGUGCCAGACAACGUGAAGGUGGUUCAUUGCCCUGUAAUGUCAAUGCUGACUUCUAUGGUGCUGCUGCCCUCCUCCGUAGUCAUGAUGAUGUAGGCACAAGUACCUCUCUGAAGAAACGUCAUCAUCCCACUCCAAUAGACGAUGUUGUGACUGGAAAUAGUUAUUCCUAUAAACUUCCCAGCGCCAGCGGUGCAAGAACUGCAGAUGACUUGUCAGGCUACCGAGUAUCCCAUUCGGGUAAACGAGCAACUGACUCAUUAGAUGAUAUUGAGACAGCAGCAUCCCGCGGGCCGGGUAACAAACGCCGCGAGUUAAAGAAAUUAGGUCAUUCAUCUGAUGCUAUAUUUCCAGAAAGUACCAGUGAUGGUAUUAGUUCCAUGGAAGACUUAAGCAAAGAAGCUGAAAAUAAUCGAUUAGGUGAUAUUAAGAAUGAAAAUGAAAACUUGAUUGACUUUUGUGCUACUGAACUAGCUUCAUAUUAUCUUAAUCGGCACAAUAAUGUAGACAGAAGUACAUCUGAUCACUCGGUGGUCGAAAUUGAUAGCCCAUCUCAGCUCAACGGUCCAUCUAUGUUGGGUGUGAGCAUGAAUGGCUCUGUCCGGCCCGGGCCGGACCACAGAUGGAUCAAAUCUGAGUCCCGAAAGGAUGAUAACAUGGACGGAACAGAGAUGAUUCCUAUUGAAAGGACCUCUGAGAUUCCAAAGUACUCUGCUCUGAGACCAAAUGAUCAUGAGGUGGACCAACCCAUCAAAUCAGACCUCAUGUCAAGAAAGUCUGCACGAAGCAAUGGUGAACAUAUGGUGCCUUUCUCCACCAUUUUCCAAGAUGCUGACUUUGCUGGUGGGGACUCAAUGCGGCGAAUAUUGGAUGCUGAAGUUGAUAAAUCUGCUGCCCGUCCCAGAACAUUGUUUCAAGUCCAAUCUUUGGAUAAGAAUAUGCAUUUAUUACGAGUGGAUGCACCACGUCUUUCUUCUUUCCUUACUAAAGAGUCUGAAAAGAGAAACCUUGACGAGAAUGGGAAUGCUUUACAGCAAGGAACAGGUUCAGAACGGAAAUCCAGAGCACGCAAAAACAAGACUGACAAUAACAAUUACGUGUUAUCAGAGGCAAUUCCUGGGCACAGGGGUGGAACCCAAGAUAUCAAUGAGUUAAUACUCUUUAUUGAGUCUCCUUCCAACUGUCAAGAUGUCAAGUCAACAGUUAGUGGGAAAAACAACCGCAAUACUAAUGGUCCAGUUAAUAUUAAAGAUAGUAAACAACGUAACAGUAGUAGCAAUGGAAAGAGAAGUGAAACAACUGGUGUCAAGGUUAAGGCUGAAAAACGGAAAUCAAAUGAGAAACAGAAACUCCAAAAGUCCAACAGCCUUGAGGAAAUAUCCUUCACAAAACUAUCCGACCUCACCUCAUCAGAUGUCCCGUCUGUAGAAAAAGAUCUUCAAGAGAGGCAAUCCAAAAAGCAGUUGACUCUUGAUAAGGAGAUUCCUGUAAGGGAAUCUCGUCAAAAGACAGCUCGAACAUCAGGCAACAUAGGAUCUAAUAGAGGCAACAGUGGUGGAAAUGGUAGCAUCAACAGGAAACAAAGGGAGUCGUCAAGUGUUCACAGAGUAACACCCCAACCAUCAGAAUCCAUCAACUCUUUCAUUCAAGGGGGAGAUUUAGUCAUUGCAGACCCAGCUGAGUUUCAUGUUGUGACCAAAAAACAGCGCAAGAAAAAGAGUGGUCGUUCAUCUUCUAUCGGUAGAAAUGAGAGAAGCCAUCAUGCCGCACAAAGCAAUAAUUAUCAUAGAGAGGGUCACUCAAGGAGGAGUGCUACAGUAGAUGACAGUGAUAGUAACAUUUUGUAUCAAUAUCGUACUGCACCGUACCGUUCGGAGUCGCCAGACCAUAGUGAGCACCAGCACCACCGAAGGAAGUCUACUUCAAGUAUGCCCCCGAGUGACAAGAGUGCUGAUAGCUCAGACUUGGACAGUGUCCAUUCUCUUCCUAUAUCCCCAACCACUCCAAGACAAGUUUUGGAGAAAACUUCAACUUCCAGUGGUUCUACUCCCCAGGCAUCUUAUGCUGACAUUGCUCGGAUGGCUUCUGCAAUGUCACCACCACAAGGAUGUCCCCUUACAUCAGGAUCAGCUUCACAGGCUCUAAAUCAAUUGGAUGCUCAAAGCCAGGGUCUCCCUACAACCAAGUGGCCAUCUGUUGGACAGACCAAACCCUCUGCUCCUCUGUGGACUGCAAAUGUUACACUCCUUACUGCCACAUCUCUUCCAGCUAGUCAUGAAGAGGGAGGAGACCAGUGCUUUACAGCACCUGUUCCUGCUGUGUCUUCCUCCAUGAACUGUAGCUCAACUAAACGCGAUGCAAUGACGAAUACAAUAUCCCCUCAAGAGAGUGAAUCAGACUGUUCAUCAGUUGGAAAUUUGCUGUCAGAUCUUAGUUAUCCACCUUUAUGUGAAACUGGCAAAUCUCCUCCAACCGUGCCACCGCAGACAGUGACUCAGUGUGUGCAGACUUUCAUAUCACAAGCUUCCCGAACAUCACCAGCCAUAUCACCUGGUGUGACGAUGGCUAAUUGUGUGGAUGUAGAGGACUCUGCUAAACGGGCAGCAUCUCCAGCUGCCUUCGAUAGUGUUCGUGAUAGCUCGCGGACUAGUGCGCUUGACCGGCCAGCUGUGAUUAUCCUUGACGAAGCAGAAACUGAAACCACCUUAAAUGGUGAUCCUGAACUGACUUUUGGUUUUGAGAUAAAUGAGAUGCUUUUAUCAGGUACUUGUGCAGCCAGCUCUGAUGAAGAAGUGGAGGCCAGACUUGAAUCACAAGCCCCAGCCAAAGCCCAACCUAUCAUUUCUGUUGCCAACAUCAAUCUUGAUAAAAUUGUGGCGUUUGUUGGAAGAGCAUGGGAGGAUGUGAUUAAAGAGCUACCUGAAGCUGGUGUUCGUGGCCGAGUGCAGUUCUACAGUGGUCAGUAACUCAAGAGGAGUCAUCUCUGUUAACGUUGAGUUUGUUUUGUUUUAAGUAUAUUGUGUACAAAAGUGAAGGAAUUGUGGACAUCUUGAGUGGCUGGUGGAGCUCAGCUCUUUGUUUUUGUUGUUCUUUUAUAAAUAUAUAUUUUAAUGGCUGUGCUGCUGCAAGCAGAGGUCAGCAAGCAGCUGUGACUGUGACUGCAACUGCUUGCCCUACCCCAGCCUUGCUGUGCAAGAGUCUCAUGUCACCUCAGCAGAUCUUACCCAGUGUUUCCUGUGGUGAUGUCAACUAGCCUUGUUGAUUGUGCAUGCCUUCAGUGUACUAACUUCGCUGCAUCAAGCUAACACGACACCUACCACUCAUCUCUUGUUUUUUAAUUAAUAGCAAUACUAUUCACUAAUUCUUCUGUGAAUGAAUUAAGUGCUAGAGUAAUGUGGUGUCUAGGUGUGUGCUAAUGCUGUUUGCUGUCAACUGCUUAAUCUCUUCAUAUCAUGAAGUAAUGCUCAUGAUAUGUGAAGAAAAUUCUGAUAUCAUGUAUGAAAUGAUAACAAAGAAUUUAGGCAGAGUCUUAACUGUUUCAACUAAUAGGGAAAUGAAUUGAUGAAUCAAUUGAUGAAUUGUGGCCAUUGAAAUCAUUAUGGCUCAGCUAAUCUCUUGCCUAGCUAAAUGUUUCUUCAUUCAUCAGUUUGUUGAAGCAGUUUUUACAAAGCCAAAGUUCAAUGGACUAUCUUUUUGCAUUAAGUGGGGGCCUUAUUGAAAAGGUCCAGUGUUUUCCCUAUUGUUUCAUUCUUAUAUUGUUAAGAACAAAACUUGUUCGGUUGUUAUUGUACAUGUCAACCUGUUUCUGUGAUGAAACACCAUAGGAAAGUCAGUUUGGAGGCCAAUCGUUUUGGUAUCCUAGUGAUUUCUUUUUUUUGAAUGGAAAGUGAGAAUGUUUCCUUGGUUACUUUGUUAAAAUUGCCCAUAUUGGUGUCAACUCUUUUUAAUUGAAAUUUGGUUUUGAGCUGUCAAACUUAUUAUUUAAAUAAAUCAUCUUGUUGAAUGAUUUUAAGUUGUGUUAAAGUUACUGUCAUUGGAACUGUGAAAUUUUUGUCAUGUGUGAAGUGAAUUUAAAGCUAGGUAAUGUAACUUUUAUAAUUGGCGCUACUUUUGUAAAUCUUUGCUAAUCUUUGCUGUUGUUUGUUUGGUUAAAUUGGCUUAUGCAAAUCAAAUCAGCUUGUAUGUUUUCAUUUCGGUUACAAACAACCAAAAAAUAAAAAUUAAAAAACCAAUAAACUGAACCAAAGAAAUACUUCUUUUUUGUUUUGUUGGUUUACCUAAUCGGUUAAAUUGCCAAGUUUGUAUGUAUGUAUGUAUGAAUGUGUGCGUGGAGGUGUGAUUGAUGAUUGUAGUUAGGUUGUACAUGCUGUGUGCAUAAAAUGUUGUUUUUUAAAAGUGAGAAGUCUGUAUUAUGUAUUUUAAAAAAUGCAUAAAAAAUAUUGAUCAAAUGUGAGUAAGAUUGAGUACCUAGUCUGAAUGCUGUAAGUGAUGGCUAACCGAUGAUGUAAAAGCCAUCACACAUACUUGCCAGGAUCAAUAAGAGAUCAUGGUGCCCUGAUGCCCAAUGUUAACUGAUAAAUGAGGGCAUUUCUAGCUAGACUUAGAUCAUUGAAAUAAAAUGCAUUGAAAUAAAUGCUACAUAUUUAAUUACCAGUCAUUGUUCAAGCUUUAAGUUGCUGGUAGUCUUGAUUGAUCACCUUUCCAUCUUGUGAUUUGUAUGUAACUAAUCUAAGACAAUCUAAUGUUGCAAGAAAAUGAAUGCUUGUUCAUGACUGGCAGGAAUUCUUUGCUCAACUCUGUAUUCCAAAAGUCAUUAACAUGUGAACAUAGCCUGCAAGUGAAUUGUGUAGUAAAUACUGUCAAGGCAUACUGGCUUGAAACAGUCCGGAAAAAAAGGCAAGAAUGCAACAUGUACGGAAUGUAACAGCACUGUUGUAAAUUAUUAAAAAAAAUAUGAAAAAACAUUUUUA